AUGUGGGAUUACGAGAUUGAUCCUCGCGGGGAUACUACUCUAAUUCUGCGCAAACCAAACGCGCCAUUCGCUGCAGAGUCGUCGUUGGCGGCGGUAGCAAAUUUGUCGGCUCUUCCGAACAAGCUGAAGUCAGAGAAGAAGGCGGCAAAGAGGGCGGCGAAGAAAGAGAAGAAGGCGAGGAGAUUGAACCAGCAAGUCGACGUCCUCGUAUGGGACGAUGACGAACCUUCAGCAGAUGUCGAACCAGAGCCUGGUAUCACGAGUGCCACGGCCGAGGAUGGCAGCUUUGGAACCGCAGAGACACACAAGGACCCUCAUCUUGCUGAGCAGCAGCCGGAAAAUGCGAAUGAGCUGGACAAACCCACUCAUCAAAAAGAAGUACGAUUCCGACUAUCAUCCAAGCAUAUAAUCCUCGCCUCUCCAUACUUCAAAGCUAUGCUCGGCGGCCCGUGGCGCGAAGCAGAUGAGUUUGAGGUAGAAGCAGAGGAUUGGGACACAGAGGCUUUGCUCAUCCUCAUGCCUGUUAUCCAUGGUCAAAAUCAACUCGUUCCCAGAUCUAUUAAGUUGGAACUCCUUGCUAAGAUUGCUGUUCUCGUUGAUUAUUACGAAUGUCGAGAUGCGAUCGAUUUAGCCGCGGAAAUAUGGAUCCAGCAAUUGACGCCACCAGAGGAACCGUCCAAAGACCUUGUUUUUUUGGCUCCUUAUAUCAUGGAAAUUUUCAGAGCCAUGACCACAAUCGCAUUAAGACAAAGCAAAGGGCCACUCCAAGCAUUUAAUCUCCCAAUCCCGGAAAGUAUCCUUAAGCUGAUUGAUCGUCUCAGACGAGAAUUCAUCUGCGACAUUGUUACUUCGCUCAAGGAGCUUUGUGCAGAACUUCUGGGUGACAAAGCCGGCUGUUCAUUUGCAUGUUCCUCGAUGCUGCUAGGUGCGCUGUCGAAAGAAAUGCAUGCGAAGGGGCUAGAGCUGCAACCAGGAUCACAACUGACGGGAAUUUCCUUCGUGUGGACGAUUGAAGCUGCGCUUCAAAUU